UCGAGUUGAUUAUUAACGAAAACUAUAUUAAAAAAAUGUUUUCAAGAACGUAACCAUCUCUAACCAACAACAACUCUUGAACAAUACUUUUAACAACUUGCGUUCGAAGCAAGAAACUGCUCCUCCUCCAUCAUCUUCCUCUGUUGAUCUUCUUCUUAUUCUCAAGUUUACUUCAAAAAAAUUGGGAGAUAGACAAAUAGAGAAGAGGUAACUACAAACUAAGAAAAUUCAAUGGAUUGCUCAAUCUGCACCACAAUGCCAACUAUUUUAAGACCACCAAGAAACACAAUAUGUGGAUCGUGCUACGAAGGGGCUAAAACCACUAUCGCGCUGCUCAAAGAGCUUGAGGGCUCGAAAGAAGAUCAUGACAAAUCGACCCAUGAGUCUACCGUCAAGAAUGGCUCAUCUCUUUCUUCUUCUCCUUUGUUUUCUUGUGAGCCACAACCACUAGAGAAGGUGAUCAAAUGGAUGAAAAAUAUGAAAGAAACCGAAGAAGAACAGAAGAAAAGGAUAGUCUUCUUGAGCAGCUUUGUUUCGGGUUUCAAAGAACAGCUUCAUGCUGAUAUUCUUCUAAAAGCCGGCGAUGAUGGCCCUCCAAUUCCUGCACAUAGAGCUUUGCUGGCUUCAAAAUCCGAGAUCUUCAAGAACAUUUUAGACUCAGACGGAUGCAAAAGUGCUCCAGAAUACGCCAUAACGCUCCAAGAACUUAACUCGGAGCAACUUCAAGCUCUCUUGGAGUUUCUAUACACCGGCACAUUGGCUUCAGACAAGUUGGAGAAACAUGUCUAUGCCUUGUUUGUUGCGGCAGAUAAGUACAUGAUUCAUUACUUGCAAGAGUUGUGCGAGCAACAUAUGUUGAGUUCCUUGAACGUCUCUAGCGUUCUCGACGUUCUUGAUGUCUCGGAUCUUGGUUCGAGCAAGACGCUGAAGGAGGCUUGUCUAGGAUUCGUGGUGCGGAACAUGGACGAUGUCGUUUUCUCGGAUAAGUACGAAGCUUUCUCUCAGAAAAACCAGCAUCUAUGUGUGCAGAUCACAAGAGCGUUCUUGAUGGAAACGAGAAGCAAGAGAAGUGAAUAAUUAAACUAGUAGUGAGCUAUCACCCUAUCAGUGUAAACUUUUGUAUGGUUUUAUGUAAUAGCUGUUUAAUUAAUUGAUCGGAUAUAUCGAAGCUCCA